UACAACGUGACUUCGACGUUUAACGGCAUAGUAGUGAGGAACGUUGGAAGAGACGUAACGUGUAGUUUGAGCUCUGUAUUUAAGUAUUUAAAACAUUUAGCUUUUUUAAGUAUUAUUUUAAAGGCUUUUUGUUUAAGGUUUAAAGACACUUUUUAGAGACAUUUUUUAACUCGGGGAGCCGAAAGUUUAUCUUCGAGGAAAGUGACGAUUCUGCGAAGUCAUUCGAACAAACUCGGAUCUUUUCUUCUCUAAUUUUUUGGUACUUUGAAAUGUGUAGAGAGACCAUGGAUGGCACAUCGGAGCUCACGAAAAUUGACUAUCUGCGACAAAACGCUAAGUUUGGAUCUGAACUUAAGUGGAAGUUUGUCCGUGUGUCCACAGAUGAGAACGAGGCCUUCAAACGCUGCCGAGCCACGAGGUUGACCAACCGCAAACGCACCCGCCGUGAGCCCAAGCGCAGAGAGCUGGCCAGACUAGCGAAACUCUACGAAGUCACGGGCAAGAAGGACGAAAAGGAGUCCGCCAUUAAGGGAAAAGAUUCCGCGGCCUGCACUCAGCGUCCACCAGCCGGAGCAAUGGCGCCCGAAAACACCACACAGUAUCUGAUGAGUAACGUGUACGACGACGUAGAGACGGAAUAUCACCGGAGCGAUAAAACCAGCGGGACUUUGAGGAAGUGUUUAACCUGACGUGGCAACCGGAAUAAACUGGUCUGCGAGGUCCACCGAGACUGCUCUGGCCUCCUCCGCGGCCGUGACUUUUCAUGAGGAAAAUGUACAAAGCGGUGCUUUGGACGCUGCCCGCCCGGUAGGGGGCGCUCCUGAGCCCUGCUCGCUUGGCGUCUCUUCCCCGUCGGAAUCCCCGCCGCCAGCUCUGGGCCCACGGAUUGUGAAAUCCAGGUAAACCAGGGCAGGUAUUCUGACGCACUGCAUUGUCAUUACUGGCAGUAAUCGAUUUGUGAUGCAAUGUUGGGACGUGAACAUGAGGGUGAUGUCCAAGAGUCACUGUUGUGUGAGCGUUUUCCAGGUCUUCCGCAUCAGGACACAUGACUGGCUGUGGGGCGAACAAAGGGAGCCUGCCCUCACGAGGUGACACUUACCGUGCUGCUCAGUGUGACUCGAGCAUCAACACUUAAUAAUGCUGUUAAAGAAGUUAACAUGCAACGUUUAUUUAAAGGGAUACAAUUGUGAAUAUAAUUUAGUGUUGAGUUUGUUCAAUAAAUGUUCAGUUAUAAUGCAAACUUGUGUUGACUGUUUACUUUUGAAAAAA